AUGGCGCCGAGCCACCGAACAGAAAGGCAUUACUGCGGUAGGUUUUGGCGGAUUGCUUGGCUUGUGGUUCUACUCAUCCUCGUUCGCGAUGGAAAUGCCUCUGAUACUGAGCAUGCAGAGGGGGGCGUGGACCCCAUCGGUGUAGAGCAGACAUCCCCAGCCGUUGAGGCAACUGAGCACCCAUCAGAGCCAAGCGCAGCAGAAGAGCGUGACUUAAAAGAUGACGGAAAUCUGAGUAAGAAAUCUGAAGGAACCGAGCGGCAAGACGAGCAAGUGGGCGACAAUGAAGUGAAACCACAAGGAGAAGUGAAAGAAAUAUCGGGCCAACGAGAUCCAGUCGUCGAGCUGAGUCAUCCCACUUACUCAGCAGUGACAGGAACGCAGUUCAUGUCUAUGGUGGAGGAUGCAGGAGGGUUAUCCGUUGGAAUUCCCCCAGAACGUAUUGUGGAGGAGAUUAAGUAUAUAGAGGAGCUGAACAGCAACGGAGAUAAAAGUGCCUGGCCCAUACUUGUAUUUGAAAACCAAAGGGUUGUAUGUUCUUGUCUCGCUGUGCACGACCUCGAGAAGGGUUCGCUUACCUAUCAGCGGUUCUGGAUGCAUCCAGAGACCAUAGACAGAGCGAGAGCGCUAGAGGCACUCCUUAAGGAGAUGCUGAAUCCACAGGCUACCAGCAGGAUGGAGUACCUGAAUGUGGUUACUUCUCCUAAGGAUCAUCUGCUUACAUAUGUGCUGGCAAAUGUUGGAUUCUCUCUCAAGAAAUAUUCUCGAGAUUCAAGCGGAGAUGGAAUGGGGAAAUAUCUUUGGGCCAUGGAUCUACCGUAUCUAGGAACCUAUGAAGAACACCGAAAUACGCAACUCCAACAGAUGGCGGGACGGGUGUACGUCAUGGCGUACAGCUUGGGCGAAGGACGGGAGUGGCUAGAUUACCUUUCAAUUACGGAGGCUGAAGUGUUCGAGCGCGUUGACGUGAAAGAAGUUUCAGAGCUUGCAUCUCAAGAACAAUAUCGCGCAGCCAAGUUUGUCCGCGAGAAAGCUAAACUGGACCCGCAACGUGCAGGCAUUGUAAAUGUGCAGAACGCCGGCAGCUUUAGCUUAGCCGCUGUCGGCAACUCAAGCAAAACGGUUUUCGGCGUUUUAAAGGGACAUAUAAGUGAUGAGAAUAUAUGCACGAUCGAUUUCUUAGGAGGCGCUGGCUUGCACGAAGAUUAUAUUCGGGCGUUGCUGCUAACGGAGGCGUUAAGUCGCGUUGAUGAUAAGGGUUUAAAAGAAAUAGUGCUGAAGGCCGUGCCGAUCGACGAUGCCGGCUUCGUCGGUCUUGCAUCCGAGUUGGGCUUUGUCGUCACAGCGAGUUCAAAGGAUUCGUUCAUGAUGGUCAGAGAUGCUUCUCUUGUGUUGCCCGUUGCGAACUACGUCACGUUACCUCGCCUAUACCGUGCGCAAUACCAAGCGCUUAAAGAUGUCUAUUCUGGAGCAAGAGUUCCUAUUGAUGGCAAGUAUCUAGACAUUGCGGAGCUAGCUGGGCAGCUGGUGAAUGAGGUGCCUGGGCUCAUUGCAAAGAAGACCCAGGAAAUGUACCUCCACAUCGGUGUAGCUCUGCUUGCUGUUGGACUUGUCAUGCUGGCGCACGCCGUGCAACGAGCGAGAAAAAGAGAGGCACAGAGAAGACGCGUGCGGUAUGCACAUAUACCUGACGACAUCCUAGUAGAAGGGGAGCCAGCGUCCGGGGUGGCCGUGGCCGCAGAGGAUGGCAAUGAAGUACAGUUGGAGGCUGCCAGUCGGCCCAUGUAA